AGCAAGAACAACCUGUGAUCUGACCAAAAAAAAAAAUUCAUUUUAUGAAGAUAGCAUUUUCUUUCCUGCGUAGUGGAGUUCCUUUUUCCAAACGCAUGCUGUGUUCUAGAAUGAAGCAGAGAAAUUUUCAGCUACAAAACAGGACACAGAACCACCUCUGCAGGGCCUGAACGAUGAUCGCCAUGCUCACGAGGAUCACGAAAACGAACAAUCUCAGAUCCGAAAUUGUUGACAACUUCGUGCGAAAAGAUAUUUCGCGCGCAGUGGUGUAAUGAAUGUUUGCACACCAGCAGGCUUCUCAUCCAGAGCGCCUGGAUCCUUCCCUGUUGACAGCGUCUGUAAAUGAACCGCUACAACGUGCUGAAGUAUUUUUUCACCUUCCUAUAUUUUUGUCCCAUUUUCCCCGACGGACGAGCAGGAAAACGAAAGAAAUAUUCUAGUUUCACUGGAUAGCAGUACCACAUAAAGAACUUGCUUUCUUCUAAACGUGAUUAUGAUCUCGAUUUUGUAUAUCAUCCCUCGCAUAGCCUGCGCCCUUUCGUAAUAUGUGUCAUUGUUCUUCGUGGACUCCGUAUUAAGUCGGUGUUUUAGGAGCUUGUGAAAAAGAUCAGUUUUAAAGCAAAUCAUAAAAUGGCGACCGAGUUCGACGACUACAGCGACGAGGACGUGGACGCGAUUCCCCAGGCCGCCCACCUAGUUGCGCCGGCGCUUUCGAAGGCGUCGUCCGUAAAGGCCUACCACCAUGAGACGACGAUCAGGGCCCCCGAUUCCUUCGAGGCCGCGCCCGUCGUGAGUACGUUCGGGCUGGACACGGUGGUGGUUGACCUGGACAAGAAACUGGUUACGAACCCGAAAAUCGACGCCCUGCGGCACCCCCUGCAGGGGCCCGUGGACCCGGCCAAGAGCGGGGGGCUGAGCUUGGAGGGGAAGCGGAAAAACAUGCACAUGGGGCACCUGGAAAGCACCCACCUGAGCGAGUUCGACUUUCAGGACGCCAUGCUGUCGCACGACAAGUUCAAGUCCGCCUCCGCAAAGUCCUUUUUUGCGUCCGGCGGUAGUGCGCCCAGCCAAAACAAAUUCCUGAACCAAGGCAUAUGGGGCGAGUCCGCACUCACGGGCGGCAAAAGGCUCCGCGGACAACUGCAGGAGGGGGGGAGAAAAAGGAUACGGAACGACGACGCGGCAGACACCGACAACUUUCAGGGGCCCUGGGCCGCCUUCGAGGGAGAAGGCGACAGGAGGAAGUUCUGGGAAAAUCAAAUGAGCGAAAUCAAGGUAAUAUAUUGUGGACAACAUUUUUCAUAUACUAAUACCCCUAUUUACGACACUUCAUUUUUUUCCUUUUUCCAUUCUAUCUGCAGCCAGCAUUGUAUCUCCAGUGUCCCGUGUGUUUGUCGACAUGUUUCGGCAACGGAGCGAAAGAUCGCAUGUAGAAAUCGUCGUAAAAAUACUCACACCAAUAUUAAAAAAACCGCAGGCGGAUCAAGAGCGCGUGACCGAAGAGGAGGCCAUUGCGAAGGGCCAGGCCAAGGACUUGGUCAAGGUGGCUGAAACGUCGCGUUUCUACGGCAAGACCGAGUACGACUACCAGGGCCGGUCGUGGAUGACGUUUAAGCAGGCGCACCAGGACAAGCGGGACUUCCAGCAGAUGUUGGAGGACGAGGAGACGUGGACCUACCUGCCGAAAAAGCAGGUCCACACCUACACCGGGCACACGCAGGGGGUGCAGACGGUCCGGCUGUUCCCCGAGACGGGGCACCUGCUGCUGUCCGCUGGGCUGGACGCCAAGGUGAAGAUCUGGGACUUCUACAACCAGCGACAGUGCCUGCGCGACUACAUGGGCCACGACGUGGGCGUCCGCGACGUGCGCUUCACCACCGACGGGUCGCGCUUCUACUCCUGCAGCUUCGACAAGAACAUCAACUUGUGGGACACGGAGACGGGGAAAAUCAUCACCACGAUGACAAACAACAAGACCCCCUUCUGCAUCGCCGUCCACCCCGACCCAAGCAAACAGAACUCGUUUAUCGCAGGGUGCUCGAACAAGAAAGCGGUCGAGUGGGACGCAAAUACCGGAAAGGUACUUACAAGAAGUAGAUGCAGUGUUUUGCGUUACGAUUUCAAAUAUUCUGCAAUUGCUGUUUUGCCCAUGAUGAAGAUUCUUCCUUUAUUUCCACUUCUUUUGUCCCAACACAAUUUGAUCUCAGCACCACUACGUGCAACAACUUACUUGCAAUUCAGAUCGUCCAAGAAUACGACGAGCAUUUGGGGUCAGUCAACAGUAUUACCUUCUGCGAAAACGGGAAGAAGUUGGUGACGACCGCCGACGACAAAAAGAUGCUGAUCUGGGAAUACGGUAUUCCGAUCCCGACGAAAUACAUCACCGACCCGCUGAUGCACAGUAUCCCCACGGUCGCGGUGAGUCCCGACAAGAAAACCUUGCUGGGCCAGUCAAUGGACAACAAGAUCGUCACCUACCAGGCCUACGGGCAAUUCAAGUACCAAGCGCGCAAGUCGUUCAAGGGCCACGCGUCCUCGGGGUACGCGUGCGAAAUAAGUUGGUCGCCAGACGGCCAGUUCAUCACCUCAGGCGACGGCAACGGAAAGCUCUGGUUCUGGGGCUGGAGAAACAACCGGGUCUACAAGUCCAUGAACGCACACUCGGGAGCGCUGAUGAGUUGCUGCUGGCACCCGAAGCACACCUCCCGGGUCAUCACUUGUGGCUACGAUGGUCUCAUCAAAGUCUGGGACUGAAAUCGUCUCACUUUAUUUUUCGAGAGUGCAUUACCAUUAGUACUUUCGAUCUGGCGACAGCGGAUGACUUUCAACUUCUCAUGAAUGUACUGAUGCCUGAAUGCGAUUGCGAGUGGCCCUAUGUGAAGUGAAAGCGAGAAAGAUAAUUGUGAAUCAGCAGAACGAUUUUGACUUUCGCUCUGCACUCUGUCGGCG